AUGACCAGCCAAGCUAUUGUGUCAGAAGAAGAGGAUGACCAGAAUAUCGAUAUACAAAGUGAACAGACGUGCAACACAGUGAACGUCAAAGAACUCAAGUCAUUACUUCCACAAUUUCUCGGAUCAGAGAAAGACAUGCUGGAAUAUACACCCUCAUCGUUGAAAGUGGAAACACUAACCAUACAAUUAGCUUUCCAAUUUUUGUUAGAGGCAAAUCUUAAUAUCAAAUCAGACAAAGAAAGCUCAGUCAUGAAUGUUUUCCUGAAAGUUGGUGAUCCAUUUCUGAUCAGAUGUGUUGCUUCACAUGAAACGUACAAAUUCAGAAUAGGCUGGACUAAAAACAGAAAGAUAGGAAAUACCACAAAGGUCCUGCAAGUUGAAGAAUCAAGCACUGAUCGAAACAGGUUUACAAGGAUCACAUUCCUGUUUAUUAGUUCAGUACGUUUGGACGACAGUGGAUCAUAUACAUGUGCUUCCACAUGCCAUUCAAACAAGACAGUUAAAUUAACAGUCCUUGAGGAAGGAUUUAUAAAUUCAACAACUACAAACAACACCUAUACUAUUGGUGAAGCAGAGAACUUUUGCUUUGAAGCCAAACUGAAGGCAUUCCCACUUAUAAGAUGCCAGUGGUAUUUUUCCCAAAAAGCUUUUCCCUGUUGGCUUAAAGAACUAUCUGAAAACAGUUAUUCUGCAUCAUUUUGUGGUAAUGAUCAUAAACCAGGAAUCUAUGAACUCUUUGCAGAAAAUAAGGAGGCAGAAUUUCAGGCAUUUUUUACUUUAUAUAUAAAGAAAAAACCAUCUCUAGAGCUAUCAUUGAGAGAAAAUCAUAUUUUGUGCAAGUCCACAAGCCAUCCAUCAGCCACAGUGACUUGGAAAAAAUGCAAUGGAAAAUUCUGUAGUGAUAGCGAAAAUGUAACUGAGGGCAUUCAGACUGAGGAGUCAGAUGGAAAAGCAUUUGGGUCCAAAAAUGUAAUCAGUAUGCUGGAUACAACCGACAUGAUGGGUGGGUUUUCAAUAGAGUGCUGUGCCGAGAAUGCCAUAGGUUCAAUCUGCAAGAGAAGCUAUCUUCCAAAACAAGGCACACCAUUCCAGCAGUUUAUUUUCUACACGACAAUUGGAAUCUUUGUUCCAGCUACAUUCCUGUUAAUAGUUUUCAUAUUCUACAAAUAUCAAAAGCAACCUGGCUAUGAAAGACAGCUCCACAUGAUACAGGUUGUUGGAUCAUCUGAGAAUGACUACAUUUAUGUUGAUUUUACCCACAUUGAUUAUGACAUAAAAUGGGAAUUUCCUCGAGAAAACCUGGAACUGGGGAAUGUACUUGGCUCUGGUGCAUUUGGAAAAGUAAUGGAAGCCACGGCAUAUGGAAUUAGUAAAGCAGAUGUCCCUAUCCAAGUAGCUGUGAAGAUGUUGAAGGAAAAAUAUGAACCUUCUGAAAAAGAUGCCUUAAUGUCUGAACUGAAAAUGAUGAUUCACAUGGGGCGCCAUGAAAACAUUGUGAACCUUUUAGGAGCUUGUACUAUUUCUGGUCCAGUAUACUUAAUCUUUGAAUAUUGUUGCUAUGGAGAUCUUCUUAAUUACUUAAGAAAUAACAGGGAGAAAUUUCAUAAGACAUUGACAGAUGUCUUUGCACACAACAACUUCAGCUUCUAUCAUAAUCUCUACAAUGAUGAACAAUGCAGCUACAAAGCUAGAAAUUUUCUGCAAAAUGAAUCUUAUGUACCAAUGAAUAGAGAGCCCGAUGCUGAAAUUAACUAUCAGAAUGCCAGGAGAUACGAAGAUGAAGAUUUACAUGUUCUUACAUUUGAAGAUCUUCUCAGCUUUUCAUAUCAAGUUGCCAAAGGGAUGGAAUUCCUCACUUCACGAAGUUGUAUUCACAGAGAUCUGGCAGCUAGGAAUGUGUUAGUGACACAUGGGAAAGUAGCAAAAAUAUGUGACUUUGGAUUGGCCAGGGACAUCAUGCAAGACUCUAACUACGUUGUCAGAGGCAAUGCACGACUGCCUGUCAAGUGGAUGGCACCUGAAAGCUUGUUUGAAGGCAGUUAUACAACUCGUAGUGAUGUCUGGUCAUAUGGAAUCUUAUUAUGGGAAAUAUUUUCACUUGGUGUCAAUCCAUAUCCUGGAAUUCAAGUAGAUGCAAAUUUCUACAAGCUAAUUCAGAGUGGGUUUAAGAUGGAUCAGCCAUUUUAUGCUACUGAAGAAAUAUACAGUGUGAUACAAUCCUGCUGGGCUCUUGAUCCAGGAAAAAGACUUGCAUUUUCAGACCUAGUUUCUAUUUUUGAAAAGCAGCUUGCAGAUGCUGAAGUAGCUGUAAGUGAACAUAGUCUUACAGGAAGAACUGAUAGCAGCAUAAUUACAGUACUUGAUAUGAAGGCUUUUGUCUAG